CCCAGGGAGGUGCUCUGUCGAGAUGGAGAAAACGAACCUUUAAUCGGUUCCCCACAUACAGGCGAGAGCGUAACCGGUGAAGUGGUCGAUAGUGCGAGUUCCUGCUGUGUCGACGAGCACAGCAAGCAGCGAUCUGCGGCUCUUUUCAACUGUGAGGUCGCAUUAAAUGUAAUAAAGCCUCGAUCACUCUGUGGCCACCGGCGCAGUUAACGCUGCAGUUGCUAUCGGCGGCUGAACUUGCGCCCAGGAUGACCUAGAUCGCGCGAAUCACCGGCGUUUCGGGAGGAAACCACAGCGAAUUCGUUCAUGGAGUUUAUGGGAAAAUGCGCGCUCUCAUAAUCUGCGCCACUUUGUGCGCGUGCGUUUUCAGCCAAGUGUGGCCAUUUCAGAUGCAGUGCUACCACUGCGAGGAGAGCCCACUGGGGGAUGACUGCUCAGCCCCACACUUCAUCGUCAACUGUACGGCGAACAUCCAGAACGCCUGCCAGAAGGAGGUCAUGGUGAUGGCCAACGGUGUGUUCUACAGGAAAGCGUGUGCUUCCUUCACCACCUGCCUCAUCGUCUCUGCCGGCUAUCAGUCUUUCUGCUCCCCGGGACACGUGGGCUCAGUCUGCAUCAGCUGCUGUAACACCCCUCUCUGCAACGGGCCCCGCCCUCCCCGCGCCUCUAUUGCAUCUUGGCUCCACCCACCCACUCCCCCUCUCCUACAGCUUGCUUCGAUCGUUGUUGCCACCCUAUCUGCCCCUCUGUGAUUGCGAGGGGUGGAAUGAGGUGGUGGGGGCUGCAAUGUGGUCGACGUCUCUUGUCUCGGGUACAUUUACUUUCUGUACGUAUUUAUAUAAUAAAGACAAAUGGAGACGGGAGGGCCGGUUGUUAUGGUAGGAAUGCAUGAACACAAAUGCUGCUUGGAAACGUGUGUUUUUCCACACCUACUGCCUGACUGAAGCUCUCCCCUAUUCAGUCUUAUGCGGUUCAUUAAACAACUCCACUUUUUGUACUUUAUCAUCUGAAUUACAUUAUCUUAAAUCAGGUUUUGGGCCACUUAUUAAAGAAGGACAGUGUUGCUCUGCAAAUCAGCGCUAGUCACUGAAACAAACUGAAUGAAAUGUAAGUUUUCAGUCAAAGAUAAAGUUUUCCAAAUUGUACCGUGCUCAGCAAUAGUUUGAAUUACAGACGUUUCCCCAUGUGCCCAAAAAACCCCAACAAAUUGUACAUAAUGGUUAAUCCUAAAACAUGGUGACAGGCAGGGUGUGCAGCUUAACACCUGAAAUUCCUUUACUGAUAACCUGAAAUGUUAAAUAAAUUUGGAAGAGGUACAUUAAAACUGCAGUGAACCUUUGGACACAAGUUAUUUAGUGUUUGCGAAACAAUUUGCUUGCUUUGCCUCCCACAGAUGUGAAAAGCAAUCCUAGUCUUAUGUGUAGAUGUAAAAUGUGCGUGGGGGUGGUUACCGUGGGUAACACAAUCCCUCAGUGGUUAUAGGGGGUGCCCUCCCCAUUUAUGCCUGUCAAUU